GUGGCACAAGUUCCGCACCCUCUGCGACUACAACAAGCGGGUGGCUCUGGCCCUGGAGGUGGGGCCGGACCUGCCGUCGGGCCCCGCCCUGUCCCGCUGGUUGGGGGAGCCCGUGAGGGCGGCCCUGCUGCCCACCCGCCUCUUCCUCACCAACAAGAAGGGCUUCCCCGUGCUGGGCAGGGCCCACCAGCGCCUCCUGGGCCAGCUGCUCAAGCUGGACGUGCAGAUCAUCCUGCAGGGGGCGCCGCGGCACGGGGGCCGCCCCCUGGGGGCGUACCUGCAGUACCUGGAGCACCUGGGGCAGCACCGGCCCCCGCCCUCGGCCUACGAGCUCUACGCCCGCGGCUACGAGGACUACCUGCAGAGCCCCCUGCAGGUGGGCGGGGCCUGGGGGGGUGGGAGGGGCCUCGGGACAAAGGGGAGGGGCUUACAGGUGGUGAUGGUGCUGGGGGCGGGCCGGGGCCCCUUGGUGGCGGCGACGCUGCGGGCGGCGCGGCAGGCGGGGACCAAGGUGCGGGUCUACGCCAUCGAGAAGAACCCCAACGCUGUGGUCAC